GUUGUUGUGAGGAUCAGGUAAUAUAAAUAUAAAUAAUUUGUAAAGUUCUCAGCACAGUAUCAGGCAAAUAGUAAGCACUAUAUAAAUGUUAGUUACCACUACUAGUACUACUACUAUCUGGCCAGACAGAACAAAGCUAAUUACAUUUCUUAACCAUGAAAAGCUUUUCAGAUUCUAAAAGGCGAUGAUUAAAUCUCCUCUACAGCCAACAUCCUGAAUCCCUUCAUAGUCCUGAUUUUCCUCUCCCAGAGUAUGGUCUCAAAUGUAGAAUGAAUUUCCAGUGAGAAACUUCCUCUGAUUAACUUUUAAUUUAACUAUUAGUUUCCUGAGUCUAUGAGAAGAUAAGGAAUUUUGUUGUAAGGGAAGAGAUUUCAACUGGUUUUAAGGAAAGACUUCCCAGUCCUGAGGAUGAUUACUAAAUACAGGAAAGCUUUCUCAGAAAUGAUCCCUGAUCUGCCCUUAACUUCUGAAACUGCUUAAGUCACUUCCCUUCCCUGGCCUAUGUGAGGGAGCCCAAAGUCAAGACUUCUUCUACCCUCUCAUUUUAAAAGAUUUUCAUUCUAUUACAGUGGAGUUUCAUACCCAUGCCCAUUUCAUUACUUUUUAAAAAAAAAAAAAAAACGAGGUUGAUUCCUGACUGUCUUGUGUUUAUUUGUAACUUAAGAACAUGAGGGCCGUGGUACUCAACCAUUCUUAGACUUGAGGAGGGGAGGAUAAAAGACCUUGGACUAGCAGCUAAAAAUACAAAACCAUUCCCACAGAGCUUCCAUGUUUACAAAGUGCUUUCCUCACAUCCAUCUUUUAAGGGAGGAAGUUAAGCAUUAUUUUAUUUAUUCAUCUUAUGAAUGAAGUAGCAUCUUCGCUGUUAAGUGCCUCAUUCUAGGAGGUCACACAGCUGGUGAAUGCCGGUGCCAAGCCCAAAUGCAGGGAUCUUGACUCCGGGACCAGUGUUCUUUCUGUGCCAAACUGCCAAAGGUUGCCUAAGUAGAGCACGUUCCCAAACACCAGCCUCAAAUAAUUAGGAAGAUUAUCUUCACUUGAGAUAAGAAAUCACUGAAGGGCUUCCUACUCCUUUAAGUCAUUUAUUUAUCUGGGACACAGUACUCUGGACCCUGUUGUCAGUAAGUAGUCUGGGGAUCCCUAGCCUCGUUGGGCACUUCCUGGAGACCCUCAGGCAAAAACUGGCUGGAUGUUUGUCAACUCUCUUGUGGAGGGGCUUCUUUUUAGACUUGGAUUGAACUAGAUGGGUUCUGAGAUCCCUUCCAAUUCCAGAAUUGUGUGAUUCUGUUAGGAAAAGGAUCCUGAGAACAGGGAUCAGAGCAGCCGUGGUCUUUGUGGUCCAAGAAGUCUCUAUUAGUUGUCCCCGGAGGCCUGGGGAGGAGGAGGAGGAGGACUCCCUCCCAUCCCCCAGACAGAAGCCACGGUGACAGCUGGCCUCCUUGAGUUCUCGGAUGGCCAGCCCUCUUGACGGGAAGACAGACGUCUCUCGUGGCAGCUUGCCAGAGGAAGAAAAAAAUCAAGGGUUUUUUUUUUUUUUCUUCCCCUUUGCUACCCCUUUAUUGGCUACCGCAGGAGCAGCAGCUGUAGCAGAGUUGCAGGGCAGGCCCCGGCCUGGCAUUGAGCUUGAACCUGCAGAGCUUUAUUCUUUCUGACUGUUUCUCCUCUUCAGAGCUUUAUGGAGUGAUGGGAAUGGAGAGGAGGGUAACCCACAGUCUGCUUGCAGCUUUCACAGCUUGGACCAAGGAUUCCUCAUACCUCGAUGACACUUCCCUUUUCUCAUCACCUGUUGGCUCCCUCUCGGAUAUCGCUGACUCGACAGAUUUCCAGCCUGCUGAAAACCUCAACCAGACUCUCUGGGAUGUGAACACUCCAUCACAAAACCAAGAAGAGCUGUUCUCAUCUGCAGGACAGUUUCUAGGUCUGGAUGACUCAGUUGCUGCUAUCCCAAACACUCCACUGCUUGUGAGCUACCAGUCACAGACGCAGCCAGAGGAUGAUGAUGAGGGGGAUGAAGAGGAGGCAGAAGAGCUGGGCCAUGCAGAAACCUAUGCCGAUUACAUCCCAUCCAAAUCUAAGAUUGGGAAACAUCAUCCAGACCGUGUGGUUGAGACAAGCACUCUCUCCAGCGUUCCUCCUCCUGACAUCACUUACACCCUCUCCUUGCCCACCUCCGCGGCCGACAGUGGGUCCUUGUCAGCACUACAGUUAGAAGCCAUCACUUACGCCUGCCAGCAACACGAAGUCGUGCUGCCCAACGGACAGCGAGCUGGCUUCCUCAUCGGGGACGGUGCCGGCGUUGGGAAGGGCAGGACAGUGGCCGGGAUUAUCUUUGAAAACUUCCUGAAGGGCAGAAAGAAAUCCCUGUGGUUCAGCGUCUCUAAUGACCUCAAGUACGAUGCCGAGCGAGACCUGAAGGACAUCAAUGCGCCUCACAUUCCAGUGCACGCUUUAAACAAGAUCAAGUAUGGUGACACAACUACCUCGGAAGGAGUCCUUUUUGCCACUUACUCUGCCCUAAUUGGGGAGAGCCAAGCAGGGGGACAACACCGGACCAGAAUCAGGCAGAUUCUUGACUGGUGCGGAGAAAACUUUGAUGGAGUUAUAAUUUUCGACGAAUGCCACAAAGCCAAAAAUGCCAGCUCCACCAAAAUGGGCAAAGCAGUAUUGGACCUUCAGAACAAGAUGCCUCUUGCCAGGGUUGUCUAUGCCAGUGCCACAGGUGCCUCUGAGCCAAAAAAUAUGAUUUACAUGAGCCGCCUGGGGAUCUGGGGAAAAGGAACCCCUUUCAGAUCUUUUGAGGAGUUCCUUCAUGCCAUUGAAAAGCGUGGUGUCGGUGCCAUGGAGAUCGUGGCGAUGGAUAUGAAAGUCAGCGGCAUGUACAUUGCCCGGCAGCUCAGCUUCUCUGGAGUCACCUUCAGGAUAGAAGAGAUCCCUCUUGACCCGUCAUAUGAAUGCAUCUACAACAGAGCAGCCCAGCUGUGGGCAGAGGCAUUAGUGGUGUUCCAGCGGGCAGCAGAGUGGAUUGGCCUGGAGUCCCGCAAGUCCCUCUGGGGUCAGUUUUGGUCCGCCCAUCAGCGCUUCUUCAAAUAUCUCUGCAUCGCUGCCAAAGUCCGUCGCUUGGUUGAGCUUGCAACAGAGGAGUUGGCAAAGGGCAAGUGCAUAGUCAUUGGGCUGCAGUCUACAGGAGAAGCUCGAACCCGAGAGGUCCUGGAUGAGAAUGAUGGGCACUUGAACUGCUUUGUCUCUGCUGCAGAAGGCGUCUUUCUAUCACUAAUUCAGAAGCACUUUCCUUCAACCAAAAGAAAGAGAGACAAAGGAACUGGCAUUAAAAGAAAACGGAAGCCCAAAGGCCGGCCCAGCAAGAGCUCCAAGGUGGUGUGUGAGUUCCCGGGAGUCAUCAAGAUCAGCGACGACAGCAGCACGGACUCCGACCUCGGUCUCGAUAGUGACUUCAACUCCUCCCCGGAGUCCCUCAUCGAUGACGACGUCGUCAUCAUCGAUAACCCCUCUGCCGACGACAGAGGUCCUUUGCACUAUUAUGGGUCCCAGAGGGAUAUCCAUGGCCCUGGCGUGCUGGAAAAAGUCGAGAAACUGAAACAGGACCUUUUGGCCAAAGUCAGAGCACUGGGCAGAGAUCUACCUCUCAAUACCCUGGAUGAACUCAUCCACAAGUUUGGAGGCCCCGAGCAUGUAGCGGAGAUGACUGGAAGGAAAGGCCGAGUUGUGUCCAGACCAGACGGGACGGUCACUUUUGAGUCCCGCGCAGAACAGGGCCUUUCUAUCGACCACGUGAACCUGAAGGAGAAGGAGCGUUUCAUGAGUGGGGAGAAGCUCGUUGCCAUCAUCUCAGAGGCCUCCAGUUCAGGGAUCUCCCUGCAAGCAGACAGGCGGGUGAAGAAUCAGAGGCGCCGCGUGCACAUGACGCUGGAGUUACCCUGGAGCGCUGACCGGGCCAUCCAGCAGUUUGGUCGCACACACCGAUCAAACCAGAUCUCGGCUCCCGAGUACGUCUUCCUGAUCUCAGAACUUGCGGGCGAGAGGAGGUUUGCCUCCAUCGUGGCCAAGCGUCUGGAGAGCCUGGGGGCCUUGACCCACGGGGACAGAAGAGCCACUGAAUCCAGAGACCUCAGCAAAUACAACUUUGAGAACAAGUACGGAGCCCGUGCUUUGGACAGAGUGCUGUCCGCCAUCCUGAACCAGUCCGAGAACAAAGUCCCUCUGCCCAAGCACUAUCCGGGAGGAGACGCCGCCUUCUUCCGAGAGAUGAAACAGGGCCUGCUCUCCGUGGGGAUCUGCUGCAGGGAGAUGAAGUUUGGCUGCAUCGCUAUCGAGAAGGACUGCUCCAUCACCAAGUUUCUGAACCGCAUCCUGGGCUUGGAGGUGCACAAGCAGAACACCCUCUUCCAGUACUUCUCCGACACCUUCGACUACCUGAUCGAGAAGGACAAGAAAGAGGGCAAAUAUGACAUGGGCAUCUUGGACCUGGCCCCGGGCAUUGAUGAGAUCUAUGAGGAAAGCCAACAGGAGUUCCAAACCCCUGGUCACCCCCAGGAUGGGCAGGUCGUGUUUUACAAGAUCAGUGUUGACCGGGGCUUGAAGUGGGAAGAGGCCUAUGGGAAAUCGCUCAAGAUGACCGGCCCUUAUGAUGGCUUUUACCUGUCCUACAAGGUUCGAGGCAACAGGAAAACCUGCCUGCUGGCUGAGCAGAGCCACGGGAAGCACUUCAUCCUGUACAAACCCAACAUCGGCAAGCAGAGCCAGCCCGAGAGCCUGGACAGCCUGUGCAGGAAGUUCCGGCGGGUGGCAGCCGAAGAUGCCAAAGAGCACUGGGAGAAUAACUACACCUUCUCUCUGAAGCACUGUAGCCACGUCGUCUGGAACCGGCACUGCAAAGUGGUCCAGGAGGGCAAGGAGUGCCUGCAGGGCGCCCGCCUGCGCCACUACCACAUGCUGUGCGGGGCCCUGCUGCGCGUCUGGAGCCGCAUCGCCAGCAUCAUCGCCGAGGUCACCAGCAGCAGCUACCUGCAGAUCGUGAGGCUCAAGACCAAGGACAAGAAGAAGCAAGUUGGGAUCAAGAUCCCCGAGAGCUGCGUGCCCAAGGUGCUGGAGGAGCUGAAGCAGAUGGACACCGACGUGAAGCGGAAACAGGCCCGCGCCGCCCAGCCCAUGGGGCUCCCGGACCCCCUGCCCCCGCCCUUCCAGGCGGCCCUGCUGGGCUCCUGGCCCCCCCUCUCCAUGCACUCCAACCCCACCGAGGUCUUGGACCUGACCUCCAGUCCCCUGGACGAUGGCCUCCCCGGCGGGCUCCUGGGCCUGGACUCGGCAGGCCUGCCUUUCUCCCCCCAGGCCCCUCAGCUGAGCCUGCCCCCGCCCAGGUUCGCCUUCCCCCCGCCUCUGGACAGAUCGGGGCCCAGCCUGCCCAGCAGCCACCCACUGCCCCCCCACGAACCCUUGCCUCUCCUGCAGCUUCGGCCCCCUCCGGAAGACCUCACCUCCCAGGGGGACAUCAAUUUCAAGGAGAUCCUGGAAGACAUGUUGAGGUCCUUGAACGUGGUUCCCCCCGAGGCCCCCCUGGGCCUGGAGCGCCAGAGUGUCAUCCAGUUCAGCCCCCCCUUCACAAACUCCUAGGGCUGGGAGCCGGCACCCUCCCUUUAUCCCCCAGGGGGCUGAGGGGGGCAGGAGCCCUGCUUCUCUGGGAGUGUUAGGGCGGGAGCAGGAAGGAGUGGACAGGUGACUAGGAAACAACAGAGUUCCUUUUAAAACAAAACAAAAAUUUAUUUAUAUAUAAUAUACAUUCACACAUCUAUAUAAAUAUAAAUUUUUUAUGUUAUAUAUUAAGGGUAGGGGACUGGAUGGAUUGGCAUCCAAUGGCUGAGGCCUCCCAACUCUGUGAUUUCCCCUCCCCCUUCUCCAGUCACGCCGUUGUUAAGUCAUUGCCUGUGUUUGGGGUGGCAAGGAUAAAUGACCUGACUCCCUCCCCCCCACCCCAUUCUCCACUGUCAGGUAGACUACUGAGGGGGAAGGGCCAAGGCGAGGGCACCCUCACACACACCCCGAACACUCGGGAGCAGGGAGCACAGGGAAGGGCCAUCCCUCCCAGUUACCCCACACUGACUUCCCAGGGCCCGAACCCAGGCUCACCCCCCUCCCCCCAGGUGCCCUCUGCAGAAAGAGCUGAGAAUCCCCGCAGGAGAUCUGAGAGGCAGGACCACCACCAUGCCCAGCCCCCUCCCUUCGGAGAGGCUAGAAGGAGCCAGGACCAGAACCUGGGGGUCCCGUGCCCCCACUCAGGAGCCUUGGCACUUCUCUGAUUUCCCUACUCCUCAGAAAAGCUAGGGAAUCCCCUGGUUGGGUUUGAUCAGCCAGAGGAGAGGGAGGACAUCCUCAGUGGCAGCAUCAUGCUCAGCCCCUCUCCUUUUGCCUCUGGGCAUCCUGGCAGCUCCUCUGCCAGCCCAGGGUCCCCUCAGGUUCCUGGAGCCCCUGCCCAUUCCCUGAGAUGUCUGGGUCAGGCACUGUCAGGAACUGUCUGCCAGGGAAGCCAAGCUUCAGGUUUUCUCUGCCCUUCUAAAGGGGCCCUCAUUUUCCCUAAAAAGAAUUGUGGGAUCUCAGUGCUUGACGAGACCUUAGAGAUCAUCUGAUCAGGCCCCCCUCUUUUUACAGACAGGGAAACUGAGGCUCAGGGCUCUCCCUGCCCCACGAUUGGCUUUCUGCCUCCCUUUCCCAACUUCUCUGUUUUUGCUUUCCCUUGAGAAAUCGGGGUGCAGCUGGCCCCGGAGAGAGGAAGGGGUGGGAAACAGACAGCAGACAGUGAUGGCAAAUCCCCCUUCUAGUCUGCACCCCAUUUUCUAGGACUGACAGAUGGCUUGUCCUGGCUGGCUCUCUUUCACCACUGUUUCCUCCUCACUUUUUCAGGGGGAGGAAGGAUGGGCUCCGGGGGUGCCGAGUGAAUGAGUUUCAGGGAGCAGUGGCCAGGUUUGAUCCGGAUUUCUCUUCCCUGGGUGCCCACCUCUUCCCCUGCCCUUGUGCCCAAAGGGCAGCAAAGGGACCUUGCCGCCUCUUCUCUUCCAGGGCAGCACCAUUCUGCUCCUCCUCUUCCUCCUCCCUCUCUAUUUAUGAUGUCCCCUCCCCAGCGCUGGGAAAAUCUGGCACGGCUGCCAGACCCCCCCCAGAACUGCGGGAGCUGUAAACUCAGGAAAAACCGAAGGUGCUCUCCCCCUCUCACUGCCUCCGCCCCGCCCCACCCCCACGAGCAGGAUGCUUUUCAUGGGUGAACCCCACCACCGCCGCCUUUUAAUAUAUGCAAUUCUCUCCUCUAACCGUAUAGCACCUUCACCCCCUGACCCCAGGACAGGCAGGGUCAAAUAUCCGUCACUGGGGAUCUCGCCCCUAAGUUAUUGCCUCGGUCCUGCUGAUGGCGUGUCGUGUGUGAGUGUGCGCGCGUGAGUGUGCGAGCGAGAGCGCCUCGUGUCACCCCUCCCUCUGUGCACUUUGGAAUCUGCUUGUUAUGUUGGGCCUUCUUGGAUUUCUAUGUGUAUUUAUAAUUAAUUGAAAUGUAUAUAUGUAAAGAUUUUUUUUUUAGAACAUGUGCCUUUUGACUAAUUCCUACAUUUUCUACUUGUACCUUACCUUGAAGAAUAAUUUUGCAUUCAUUCUGCUCAGUAAAGAUGGAAACUCGGGC